UUGCCGUCCACCAAAUUGGCGUAUGCGAGCUGAUGGCCCGAACGACCUGAGGUGGUCGUCGUACCGUUCCUGAACCAGGUCGCUACGCCUCCCUAGAGGCAACAAGUGGUGCCGAAACCCGGGAUCCGGAAUCGGAACUGGGAUCGGGAAUUCGCCUGGACGGGUGAACGGUGGCCGGCGUGGCUCCCGGACCAGCGUGGAGGAUGGAAGCUCUCACGAAGGUCGUAUCUCAGAUUCAUAAGCAAUGGGGCAUUGAUUGCAAGCCAAAAGAUUUUACUCUCGCUGUUGCGAGGCUUUUGGAAAUUGGGGUCAUAGACCGACCGGUGGAUAUACUCCACCCAGAAGUAUGGGACAAAUGUACCAAGGCUCUAGCCGACGAAACAAUGUCCUCGGGUUCGGGGAAAUCCCUUAAAUUAUGGGGAAAAGCCGUGCAGGCUUUGCGUAAGGCUCUGCAAGAGCAGGAGACCUGGAAAGCCGCACGGAACUGUUUGCUAGCCACACCUCGGCUGGGAGUUGGGGCAGCUACGCAAACGGCAGAUGAAAGCAGCCCUGCCGAGCGCACAGACUCGCAGGAGCAAGGACCCUCUCCACAGCCCCCCAGCCCAACCCUACCUACAGAGGGAAAGGAGCGGGCGCAGUCAUUCUGGGGCGGGCUGGUGGAGGAAUCACGGGGGGCUGCCGUUAAAGCGGAGUCCGAAACGGCGUGGGCGAGACCCCCACCCUAUGCCCCGCAGAAUGGCGCCGACCCCGGAGGGGAUGGGGGGGGCGCACACGCGGCCGGCAGAAGCGGGGGAGGUGCGCAGGGAGAUACACACGCGGCCGGCGGGAGCGGGGGAGGUGCGCCGGGAGACACACGCGGCCAGCGGGAGCGGGGGUGGCGCGCCAGGUAACGCAGACGCGGCCGGCGGGAGCGGGGGAGGUGCGCCAGGUAACACAGACGCGGCCGGCGGGAUCAAAGAAGGGCCGCCAGAUACCGCAGACGCGCGUGAACGGAAAAGGGGGGGGAAUCCCGGAGGGGGAACCAGGGCCAACCAGAGCGCUCGCCCGGAAACAUGCCCAUAUAUAGCAAGGGCCUCCCUCAGCAGGAGGCGGGGCGAGCCCAGGGGGAAGGAACGGCCCAAUCCUAAGAGAAGGGGGCGGGGUAGGAGCCCGGUGAAAAAGCUCCGGAGCCCGGAAGUAUCCAGUCAGUCGACUUCCGGCUCCGAGUCGGACUAUAGCUGGAGCGAGUGGCCUGACGAAUGGUCCGUAACCGACUCCGACCAAGAUUAUUUAAGAAUAGAUAAAUGCUAUAACCACCGCGCUCCUACUUGGGCCAAGGGGAAAUUUGAAAAAGAACGUACUCCGCUUACAGACUGGAGAAAGAUAAAAACAGCCUGUGCUGAAUGGGCCCCUUCAGCCACGCUAGCUUUCCCGGUCCGGGUAGGAGGGCAAGGCGGAAACCAGAGGGCUUUGCACUUAAUGUUCCUUUUGGCUACUCAGCAGCACAAAAUCCACACCAGUGCAGGUGGAACACCCCCCGCAGAGGAGUCACUCUGAGUCAGAUCACCGGCCAAGGCAAGUGCUUUGGCAGUGCAGCCUUAGCAAAACGAAUAGGCAAUGUCUGUACUGAAUUUGUCAAACUUGACAAAACGAUCAAUAAGUGGGUGGUCCCAUCCGCGUCAGGAAUGUUUGUUUGCCAGCAAUCUGGAAUAAGCCCCUGUGUGCUCCUUGAUUUGAUAAAUUCGAUAACUCUGCUGAUUUUUGUGUCCAAGUUUUAAUUGUUCCUAGAGUCCUGUAUCACCAAGAAGAAGAAAUGUACCACCUUUUUGAAGAACCUAGCCGGCUCCACAAGAGAGAGAUAAUAACAGGCAUAACCAUCGCAAUGCUGCUCGGCCUUGGAGCCACCGGCGCAGCCACAGGUGUUUCAGCCCUCGUGACCCAACACCAGGGACUUUCUCAGCUGCAGAUGACUAUUGAUGAGGACUUACAAAGGAUUGAAAAAUCCAUCUCCUUUCUAGAGAAAUCUGUUUCCUCUCUCUCAGAAGUCGUCCUGCAGAACAGGCGAGGACUGGACCUCUUGCUCAUGCAACAAGGAGGCCUGUGUGCCGCCUUGAAAGAGGAAUGCUGCUUUUAUGCAGACCACACCGGAGUUGUACGGGACUCAAUGA